AUCUUUACUAUAAGAAAAAAAAAAAAGAGUCUUCAAUAAGAAAAAAAAUUCUCGCUUGAUCCAUUCCUUGUUAAUCACCUCCACACUCCGCCGUUCUCCGCCUUCACUCCACCACUCUACCUCACCGGCGGCCACCGCAUCACCACCGCUACAAACCAUGAUUUGACACAAUUGUCCCUGCCCUCUCAAAGGUAAAAGUUCCAUAAUCGCAUGGGCGCAUCAUUAUCAAACCUGACGGAAAACGGGUCAGCCAACGGCUGGCCGGGGCUCGGUGACAUACCGGAAAAUUGCGUGGCGUGUGUGUUUAUGUACCUAACUCCACCGGAAAUUUGUAAUCUAGCUCGGCUUAAUCGUGCUUUUCGUGGUGCCGCUUCUUCUGAUGCUGUUUGGGAGUCUAAACUUCCUUCUAACUAUCACCACCUGCUCGACCUUUUGCCUCCGCAAAAUUACGACGGUCUCUCCAAGAAAGAUAUAUUUGCUCUCCUUGCUCGUUCCGUGCCGUUUGACGAUGGCAAUAAGGAGGUAUGGCUGGACAGAAUAAGUGGAAGGAUUUGUAUGUCAAUCUCCUCGAAAGCAAUGUUGAUAACUAAUGUGGAAGACAGAAGACACUGGAACUGGUUUCCUACAGAAGAGUCAAGAUUCCAUGUUGUGGCGUAUUGCCAGCAGGUAUGGUGGUUUGAAUUAAGUGGCGCAGUGAAUUUUCCUUUUCCUCCGGGUAUAUACACUGUAACAUUCAGAGUUCACCUUGGGAAAAUAUUUAAAAGACUCGGCCGGCGUGCUUGCAACUUUGAGCAUACUCAUGGAUGGGAUUUAGGGCCAGUACGUUAUGAACUGUCUACUUCUGAUGGGCAACACGCAGUUAGUGAGUACUUUCUAGAUGACAUUGGGCAAGACGACCCAAAUGGGAAUAUCAGGCGUGGGAGCUGGAUUGAGUACAAGGUGGGUGAAUUUAUCGUCAGUACAUCAGAUCCUGUGACGGAAGUUAGAUUUUCAAUGAAACAGAUUGACUGUACACAUUCCAAAGGCGGGCUCUGUGUUGAUUCUGUAUCAAUUACUCCCAGUGAUCUGAAAGUCUAUCCUAGAUAAAGGGGUUUAAAGUAUCUGUAAGUGACAUGUUUUCUUGCCAAUGCUCCCAGAGAAUUUUAUAUGGUUCCAUUAUACCGCCUAAAAACAUUACAUUUGUGAAGGUAGUCAUUGUAAAAUUCUUUUUUUGCCUUAGUUAUGUCUUCUCUCGUCAUGUAAAUGUUACUGUUUUGUACUUGAUCCAGUUUUGUUGCAUAGAAUACCGUCUGCAGAAGAUUAAGAAAAGAUAGUUUGCUCAUUUUUUCAUUAGAGAAAAGGUCCAACUA